GCUUAGUUUUUGAUUUUAAUCGUUUUGGUUUUUAGUUAUUUUUGUUAAAGUAAAAAUCAAUUUUUCUUUGUUUUUGAAUAUUCAACAAACAUAUCUUUAGAACAAAUGAAACUGAUAAUCAAAUUACUAUUAAGCUUAUCAUUAAUAAUAUGUUACAGGCCUUUAGACGUAUAUGCGAUUGUUUAAGAGAUUCUGAAGAACUUGUUUACGAUACUAGCGAAGGUGAUUGCGUAAGAAUUUGUUUAGAAGAAAAGAGAAAUUGCAGAUCUAUUUCUUACGAUACAAAAACCAGUACCUGUAUGUUUUCAAAAUAUACUAGAAAAACCAAUCCAUCCAGCUUUAUUACUCUCUCUGGUGGAAGAUAUUUUGAGAAGAAACCUGACUGUAGACCAGAAUGCAUAUUGGGUCCUUCCCCUGGUUUCCGCCUGAAAAGCGAUAUAUUAAAAACGUUAAACACCAAGAAUGAUUUGGAAUGCAUAGAGGCCUGUUUAGCAAUGAAACCAAGUGGAAUUUGUCUUUCAGCAGAUAGGAACAAGUUAAAUAAAAUAUGUACGUUGCAUAGUAAGACAAGGAGAUCGCAGGCUGCUGUAUUUGCGCCAUCUAUUAGAUAUAUUUAUUGGGAUGUUGAUUGUCAAGAAGAUGAUUUCGAGAUAAGUGGAGAUGAUAGUGGAUCUGGAAGUGGUUGCGAAAGUUCUCUUUGCUUAAAUGACGAUGAUAUCUGCGAACCAGGUAACUGUAAUAAAGUUCAAGCAGUCGAUUGCCGAGAGGAAAAUAUUGAAUGCGAAGGAGAAAUUACAUGCUUCAAAGAAUUCGAAAAGAAACAUUUGAUCUUUAACGAUAUUAAAAUAUUUCCAACAACUAGUAGAGAAUUGUGUCAAUCCUCUUGCUUACUUACUCCAGGUUGUAAAUCAUCGGAAUACGAUAAAGUCAAGGCAAAAUGUUAUAUAUCGAGAGAAUCGUCAAAAACCAAACCAUUUUCAUUCAGAGAUCACGGAAAUGUUAUUUAUUGGGAAAGGAAUAAUGUUUGCUCUUCCGCCUGCUUUCUAAGACAAUUUGAAAAUCAUUUCUUAGGCGGUUACAAUUGGAAGAAACUUAAAGUUAAAAAUUCUUUACAGUGUAUGACUUUUUGCCUAAGUAACAAUCAAUGUUCAUCGGCUGAUUUCAAUAAGAAAACAAAUACUUGCUUCCUAAGUAAAGAAAGUCAAUUGACGCAAAGAUUUCGUCUAAGAAGGAAUAAUGAUUAUAUUUUUUGGGCAAGAGGUUGCAGAGCAGAAUAUCCUUGUUUUGUUGCUUUGUAUAACAGGCGUUUAUUAAAAAGCGAUUUUGACUCGGUUGAUGGUAUAUCAGAAAAAGAGUGCGCUAAAUUGUGUAUGGAAAGACAGUGUAGAUCAAUUAACUACGAAUUUAUCAGUAAAACAUGCUAUUUGAAUAGGUUCACAAGACUGUAUUUUCCUUUUCAAUAUGUAAAAGCUGAAGGAAUCAUUUAUAUGGAAAAGAAAGGUGUUUGUAAACCAGAUUGUUAUUAUAAGAAAAUUGAACGUUCGACAAAAAUUGAAUUCGAGGGAGAGACUUUCAAUUCGAAAUCUGAAGAUACAUGUUUCGAAGAAUGCCUUAAUAGAUCUGAAGCUUGCACGACGGUCGAAUUUAACAGAGAAGAGAAUAGAUGUAGAAUUGAAAAUAAAGUUCAAAAGAGAUUAACUAUUGAGAGUCAGCCAUUCAGCGAUAGUACUAAAUACAUCUACUGGACAUUGGAAUGCCCAGGAGAAUAA